GAUGUCUUUAGGAGCUUUGGAGAUGCUGAGGUCUUCGCUGAGAACAUGAAGAACUACUCUGUGAGAUCAGGUAUACAGAUGGACACCUUGAGAGUCUGCCUUGGCGUAGAAGUAUUCAGGACGUGUUAUGAGGAGGACGGACAUAUUUUGGGAGUAGUUGGGGGUGCACUUCAUGACUUCCUGAACAGCUUCAACGUCCUUUUGAAACAGAGCGCCCAGCCGAGCCCUGGCACCGCCAGCUGGGUGAAGGAGGCUUCCGUGCUGUGUCUGGAUAAAGACCCGGGCCUCCUGACCGUCUACUACUUCAAUCCUCACCAGACAACCGAGCUUUUCUUCCCAGGCAUCAUCAAAGCGGCCGCCAGCGUGCUGUACCAGACGGAGGUGGAGGUGCUGGCGGGCCAGCCCGCCUCCGGGGAGAGCUUCCUGGAGGACCAGGGCCGGCCGCACCUCCUCUAUUCCGUGGCGGUGAAGACCGCCGGGCGUCUGACCCCCAGCCCCCUGAAGACGCGCUCCUCGGUGGACAUGCCCAAGGCGCUCUUCUGCCAGACCUUCCCCUUCCACAUCCUGCUGGACCAGGACAUGGGCCUGCUGCAGAUCGGGGACGGCUUGAGGAGGAGGCUGAACCGCAAGGACGCCCAGCAGCGGAGGCCCGCUUUCGGGGAGCACUUCGAGAUCGUGGCCCCUCUGGUCAGCUGCACGUUCCAGGGCAUCCUGACCAUGCUCAACACACAGUUUAUUCUGAGAAUAAAGGAUGGAGCCUCCCCCACAGACUGCUCAUCAAAGCUCAUGGAGCUCAAGGGCCAGAUGAUCUUCAUUUCUGAGUCGAACCACAUCCUGUUCCUGGGCUCCCCGUGUGUCGACAAGCUGGACGAGCUGACGGGGCGGGGCCUGUACCUCUCCGAUAUCCCCAUCCACAACGCCCUGCGCGACGUGGUCCUGGUAGGCGAGCAGGCCAAGGCCCAGGACGGGCUGAAGAAGAGACUGGGCAAGGCCAAGGCCGCCCUGGAGCAGGCCCACCGGGCCCUGGAGGAGGAGAAGAAGAAGACCGUGGACCUGCUCUUCACCAUAUUCCCCGGCGAGGUGGCCCGUCAGCUGUGGCAAGGCCAGCACGUCCGGGCCAAGAAGUUCGACAACGUGACCAUGCUGUUCUCCGACAUCGUGGGCUUCACGGCCGUCUGCUCCCGCUGCACCCCCAUGCAGGUGGUGACCAUGCUGAAUGAGCUCUACACCCGGUUUGACCAUCAGUGUGGGGAGCUGGACGUCUACAAGGUGGAGACUAUCGGAGACGCGUACUGUGUGGCCGGAGGCCUGCACAAAGAGAGCCAAACGCACGCGGUUCAGAUAGCGCUCAUGGCCCUGAGGAUGAUGGAACUGUCAAACGAGGUCAUGACCCCGGCGGGGGAGCUCAUUAAGAUGCGAAUUGGACUCCAUUCCGGCUCUGUUCUGGCUGGCGUCGUUGGUGUAAAAAUGCCUCGUUACUGUCUUUUUGGUAACAAUGUCACGCUGGCAAAUAAGUUUGAAUCCUGCAGCCUCCCUGGAAGAAUCAACGUCAGCCCAACAACACACAGGCUUUUAAAAGACUGCACCAAUUUCAUCUUCAUACCCAGGACCAGGCAGGAUCUUCCACCAAACUUCCCAUGUGACGUUCCAGGCAUCUGCUACUUCUUAGAAGCGUUGGAUCAGUCAAACAGCACCUCUUCUUUUAAAACUGAAAUGGAAGGAUUAUGAUUCAGUAAUACAAACAGAAUUGAACAGACUGUGCACAAAGUUAGGGGCAUACUGAAACAAUAAUCCACAUGCCUACACAUUUAAGAACUACUGUAACAUACGUAAA